AUUGUGCGUUGUCCCUCCUCACACAGACGCUCGGUCCCUUCCGUCAUGUGUACUGUUUAAUUCAGUGGUCUGGGGCGUUUGUGUUGCUAUUGUAAUCGUUAUUUCUUUAUGUAUCGAGACUGUACUAUUUAGUCGACGCUAAUUUAUUUCAACAUGGAGUCCGCGGAUGCCGGCGCGGGAGAGAAGGCAGCUUGUCUGUCGGCGGCGCAGAGGAGGGCAGAGAUCCGGAGGAGAAAACUGCUCAUGAAUUCAGAGGACAGGAUGAAUAGAAUCGUGGGCUACACUAAAAACGAGUCUGAAAUCAACGCUGGAACGCUCCUCCGCCCCGCGGAACCCCGCUUCCACCUCGACCUUGACAGGACAGAGCCAUGGUCAUCAGCCUCAUCUUCUUCGAGACCGUCUCCCUUCCUGCCAGAGGCUUCGGGGCUUGUCAGCCGCUCCCACGGUGCCACCCCAGAGAGGGGGGGCUCACCCAUGCCCGACUGCAGUGAGCCACUGGCAGGCUUUCUGGAAGACAACAUUGGUUCCAUCCAACAGAGACCGAGGGGGGAGCGGGCAUCAGAUGAACUCAGCGGAUCCCCACGUCCAGGCCUCCAGAAGUACCUGUCCCGUUUUGACGAUGCCAUGAAACUGCGGGGUCAGCUGGCCAAUGAGAAGCCGGCCCAGGACGGAGGAGGGUCUGACACAGAGGAGUUUGAUCCCUUCAGAAUCUUCCGCCUCACCGGCAGCAUCCUCCUCGCUGUUUUUGUCAGGGUUUUUGUCUGCACGUUUCUGUCAAUAUUUGCUCCAUUUCUGACCCUGGAACUGGCCUACAUGGGGUUGUCCAAAUAUUUUCCAAAGGUAGAGAAGAAGGCCCAGACCACUGUGCUGACCGCUGCCCUGUUGCUGUCCGGCAUCCCCGCUGAGGUCAUCAACCGCUCCAUGGACACCUACAGGAGGAUGAGUGACGUCUUUGCCGACCUAUGUGUUUACUUCUUCACCUUUAUCCUCUCGCACGAGUUUCUGCUGCUCAUUGGAUCAGAGACUCCGUGAUGGACCAGGAAGUUCUCAGUAAACCUGCACGCCCCUUCUUGUGUCCCCUCCCUCUGUCUACCAUAGCAAGAAGGCAUGGUCAUUUACAUUGGCUGACGUGGGUUUAUUGUUGACAGUCUGGAAUCUCAUAUCCUUACUGCCUUAUGAUCAGGGUCUCUACAUGUAAGGGUCCAGUGUUUGUUACAGAUCUGUCAUUUGCUCUGGACUGAACCUGAGAAACAGAAAGUCACGAUGUGUUUGCUUGUGCCCAGAGUGUACCGUUUAAUUUAUUGUGCUGAUUGAUGCUCAUUUGUCAGGUCUAGCACAGCAAAUGGUAAAUGUUAGUCUGGCAGUCACAGAUUCCACUUAUCUUAUGAAUGGGAAACACUGGAGUCCCUUAAGGCCUGGAUGAUAUUUCUCUAACUGACAUCAUUAAUAUAAAAAAUUCUGAUAUGCAAAUGUAUUCCAAAUCCAAGUUAAACCAAUAGAGGGCAGCAAAUAUAUGGCUCUCAGCCGCUGUUAAGUUCUUUAAAACAAAAUGUUUGCGUGGAAUUAUAAAUCACCUUAAAGUCAGAUUAGGUCACUUUCGUGACACAGCGGCCUCUGUGGCCACCAGCAGUGAUUUUGUGUGCAAGUUAAAUGCUAAAAUGUAGUGCAACAGUAGCACAGGUUAGAGAAAACAUACGGCAGCGAACUGACUCAGUAAAGACAUUAGCUGCAAAGUCCCUGGGUGUAUUGAAUUGAUAAACACUGUUUUAUUGUUUAUGAAGUCAUAAUUUCAUCUGUAAGAAGAAGAAGAAUGUGUUAUUUGUUCUUUGAAAAUGGCAUAGUCUUGUUUUAUAUAACAGAUUUACUAAAAGCUGGUAGAGAAUAAUAAUGUCGUGGGUCCUUCUAUAUCCUAAUAAACUCCCUAGAUGGGCCAUAAGCUGGGUAGGGUUUUAUUCUCAGCUAAUGUGAUGCUGACUCCUCAGCUUUGGAGGUAGUUGAUCUCCCAAUAUCUUCAAAGAAUAACACACUUGAACUAUAUAGGUAUCAUUUACUUUCAGUUAUUUCAAACUUAUACAGCACUAUGAAAUAUCUUUUUUGCAUAUGAGUCAGCCCUACAGUGCGUCAGGCAGAGAAACUAACCUUCACAUAACUGUGAUAGCCUGCUGAAUAACUGCAACCUUUUAGGCUAAAGCUUCAUACAUUUAGUAAAAAAUCCACUUUGUGUGAGGAGGUGUAUUAGGGCACUUGAUCAGUUAACAUAAACAGUCAACAGAAUUAAGCAGAAAGCUUAAGACUGACAGAGGCAAGGGUCCCCCCCCCCCCAUUAAAAAAACAAAAAUGUGUUUUAUUAGUUUAUGACUUUACUCUCAGGAUUCUGAUUUUUUUUUUUUCUUGAUUUCUGUGAAUGAACUCAAAAGACCCGAAAAUAGUUUUCACACAUGGCCCUCUUCUCUGCCAUAUAUACGUCAGCUAGCGAGAAAAGUUGAUGUUUGGAUACAGGAAAUAAACAAGUAUGAAUUGAGGACAAAUUACAUAUUUUUCUGGAUCACCUCAAAUGUAAAGCUUGUUAUUUUUAGUUCACAAAGCAUCAGGGACAGUUACACACAUGGCCCUCCAGCCUUAUGUUAGUGGUAGAUUUAAAAGAAAGUUAUAGUUUAGAAGUAUUUAACAGUAUCCAGUUCCUGAUGAUUUUAGUUUGUGUCUUAAGAACUCAAACUCCCCUUUUAAUGGAUAUAUGUGUUUGUGAUGUGUCAGAUUUCCUCAUAGGCAGUGCUUUAAGUCAUAUUUUCUGUUGCGGUCUGUAAUCCAGUGUUCAGAAGGCGGACCCAUUUUACAAACAAGUUUUUUCCCUCGUUUUAAGUUGUAAAGUCAGAAGAAGCAUGUAGUACUUGAAUGUAGAGGGUGUUAUUUUGCACGGCUAUGAGUUAAAAAAUGCAGUAAACUUUAUACAGUAUAAGUACGUAACAAAACGUUUGAUUGAUGAGAAUCUUUUUGGUUUUACUGGAAAGUACUAUUGCUGCAAAUGUAUGUGGGGCAGUGGGAGUUUUUAUGCUUCUUGUAUUAAGUAAUUCUGGUGACAUGUUCUGCAUUCAUAAAUACUUCAUAUAUACUCUCUACUACGUCUUUGCUGUAAUGUCUUCUUUCUAUACUUAUUACAUCCAAAUUAAUUUAUUGAUGUGAAUUUCUUUUUUCCCAUGUAAAUAAAUUAGUGUGAUUUAUCCUACGACUUGUCUGACUUACUUUAUUGUUUUUGAUAAUGUUUAAAGCAUAACUCUUACAGUAUCUUACUACACAGUAACAAAUUCAGUGUUGACAUGAGCUCUCAUUAAAAAUAUUCGCAAUAAUAGAUGACUGGUCAAAUUCUACCAAAUAAAUACUACUUCUUUGACAUA